AUGGCGCAGUCGGUGAAAAUCAUUACCAAAGAUGCUCAAGCAUUGCUCCGUACAACAAGAAAAUAUAGCAUAAAACAGGUUUCUCCAGGAUUAUAUUAUCAUUUUGGGGUCGAAGAAGGAAUAAUUAGUUCGCCAUUGAAAAAAUGCCCUAUAGACGAUUUAUCAAGCACCACUUUGAACUUGCACAUUAAUAUUGAUGGCCUUCCUCUGACCAAGAACUCAUGCAGCCAGUUUUGGCCAAUUUGGGACACUAAGAGACUAUCAUCCACACCCCCCUUCCUGAUUGGUUGCUACCAUGGUUACAGCAAGCCAGACUCAGCCAAUGCUUUUCUAGAAAAUUUUGUUGCUGAUAUUAACAUCUGUUUAUGUAAUGGUAUAGAUUUUAAUGGAAGAACUUUUCAUAUCAAGCUUGAGGCCAUUACCUGUGAUGCUCCUGCCAGAGCCUUUGUAAAGAAUAUAAAAGGUCACAAUGGAUAUUUUGGAUGUGACAGAUGCACCCAGGAAGGAGAGCAUGUGCAAAAUAGGAUGACAUUUCCUGAAACACAUUCUCGACUAAGAACAAAUGCAUGUUUCCAAUCAAGAACGAAUGAGGCUCAUCAUACAGGUGAUUCCAUUUUAGAAAAUGUUGAGGGAAUUGACAUGAUUCGUGACUUUCCCCAAGACUAUAUGCAUUUGGCAUAUUUGGGAGUCAUGAGGAAAUUAGUUUUGUUGUGGCUGAGAGGAAAGUUGCCUGUUCGACUGUCAAGUAGACAAACAGGUAGGAUAUCCAAUGAUUCGUUGAAGUUGAGAAAAUUUAUUCCACAAGAAUUUGCAAGAAAACCUCGUGGACUGAAAGAGAUUGAUAGGUGGAAGUCAACCGAAUUCAGGCAGCUUCUACUAUACACUGGGCCCUUGGUACUCAAGGAGUCAUUGCCAAAAAAUACUUCACUCAUUUCUUGGCUCUUAAUUGUUCCUUUAGAAUACCCAUCAGUCCAAAACUGAGUAAUCAUGUAGGUGUGGCUGAAGACCAGAUACAUUACUUUUUGAAGUAUUUCCCCGAAAUCUAUGGCCCUGAACAAUUGUCAUACAAUGUUCAUUCAAUAAUUCAUGUUGUUGAUGAUGUUGAAAGACUAGGCGCCUUGGAUUUAUUCAGUGCCUUCAAGUUUGAAAAUUUUUUUGAAAAAUGUAAAAAAACAUGUAAGGAAGAGUGGCCUUCCUCUACAGCAACUCAUCAGAAGAGUUGAAGAAAGAAGAGCUUUAGAAGUGACAGUUGAUGAUGCUGAAAUUGAUAGGAAGUUCCCAUACUUUGAAGAAAUUCACAACAAUGGCCCAUUGAUGGAAGGACUGAACAGCCCCCAAUACAAGAAAUGUAAUUUUCCAUCUUUCAGUGUGAAUGUAAGUAGGGAAAGAGACAACUGUGUCCGACUGGUUGAUGGGUCUUUUUGUUGCAUAAAAAACAUUGCGACUGACAGUGAAAAUAGAAAAGUUUUUAUUGGACAGAGAUAUCAACAAGUUUAUGACUUCUUCGUGAAACCAUUCAAAUCAAGUGCCGUGGGGAUAUUCAAAGCGAUGCCAGAGCUAGCAGGAAUAGAAGUUUUUAAAACAAAACAGAUAUCAAACAAAGCAAUGAGAGUCCCUGUGCAAGAUAAUUUCUUCUAUCUAUCAGAAAUUUUGCACCAAUGAUUUUCCAGGUUUUCCGACAUGAACGAUAAAUACCGUUCCUACGACGAUUUGAAAGACUUUAUCGUCGUCGUGUUUACUGAGACAAAGACGUCUCAGUAAUUUCAAAAAAAUGGGUCGAGGAAAAGGAGAAAGGGGUGUUUACAUGCUGGUGGCCCGGAAACUCUGAUGUGAGGAAGGCAGCUGUGAGCCACAAAUUACCACAGGAUGAUUGGACAAUUUGGGCAGUUGAAGUACUAUCGUCUUGUGAUAAUUUUUUGGAGGCGCUACGACGAGAGAGAAAGUCGCAACAUCAGACGGUCCUCCCUUCGAGUAGUGGAGAGUCCGAGGUCAUGGGUAAAGGACACAGAAAAAUUAAGCCAAGAAAACUGGAUAGUGAGGAGGAAAGUGAUGAGUCAAGUAGCCUACUGAGCAACAGGAUCUGCCAUCUCUGGAGGAAGCGGGUCUCUCUACUCCUCAAUCCUCAGCCCGCUCACAAAAAUGGAAAAACGACGAGAGCUACUCAGCAAUAUAUAACCCAACAAAAAAAUCGAAACAUGU